AUGGUCGGUUUCUAUUGCACUCGGUACGUGCGGGCGAUGACGAACGACUGUUUCAGCUGUGCACUAACCACAGACUGUUUUGAUGCAUUCCUGUACUUCGGAGUAACAAAUCGUCUAGCUACAGAUCUGGUUUCUGCAUAUGGCGCUAGCAUCCUUUCCCUCGUUGACGUGGACUCCAUAGCUAAUGUGCUCCAAAGAGGCCGACGCGCCAAGUCAUCACGGACCAAGAACUUGGCUGUUUGGGCGACCAAAGAGAUACGUAAACUCAAGAAUGUUGCGCACAAUGUUGAUUUAGCAGCAGUUUCCGGGUCCUCUGUAACACCGUCUGGCUGUUCAACUGCGCAGGCGUCUUAG